AUGAGCCCAGGAAUCAUGACGACCACGGAGGUUUAUCUGCUGCAGCUCAACGACGACGGCUCGCCCCAGGUCGCGGGAGAGUACAUCUAUCUCGAUCCCACGGGAGAUGACCCUAUUACUAUCAGAUUUGCCAUUGAGGGCACCUCGUCCAUCUGUCGCAAUGGCAGUCUUUGGGUCAACAUCCCGCAGCAGGGGGCCGAGUUUAGGCGGGACAAGUUUCGAGAGUACAAACUGACUCCCGACUUCAACCGCACCCUCGAAAUCUCCAUCCCCAUCUACGAGUCUGGCGUCUUUGCCUUCUACACCACCUAUGCCGAGCUGCCCAAGCUCGAUGCCGACGACGUCCCCAAGUCCACCAACGGCCACGAGGAUCUGAAGAAGACCCCAGUAUACUACAUCGAUGUUGCUCCCCGCCUCAAGCUGGAUGGCAGGCCAUUGCCGCUGCCGGCGUUGUCGCUCUUCUCCAUCAUCAGCAAGCUCAUGGGCCGCUUCCCUGGCGAUUGGGAGCGACACCUGCGGGGCAUCAGCGAGAGGGGAUACAACAUGAUACACUUUACUCCUCUGCAGGUCCGUGGUGCCUCCAACUCGCCGUACAGUCUGUAUGACCAGUUGGGAUGGGAUCCCGCCUGUUUCCCCCGGGGCGAGAAGGACAUUGAGCAGCUGGUCGAGAGUCUCGAGCAGAAAUACUCGCUGCUGAGCUUGACAGACAUUGUCCUCAACCACACCGCGCACAACACAAAAUGGCUAGAGGAACAUCCUGAGGCCGGCUACAAUUUGAAGACAGCUCCCUGGCUGGAGUCCGCGUAUGAGCUCGAUACAAAGCUGAUGGAGCUUAGUGGCCAGCUUGAGAAGCUGGGACUGCCCGUCGACAUCAAGACCACAGAAGAUCUCCUAGAGCUCAUGGAAGGAAUUAAAAAGCACGUCAUUCUCGAACUUCAGCUAUGGGAGUACUACGCCAUCAAUGUCGAGCGAGACGCUGACAGCAUUGUCGAGGCUUGGGUUGGUGGCAAGGCCAGUCCGCCCCAAGUCGGCACUGCUACGUUAAGCGAUUUCGAGCAUCUCAAGACAGCAGAGCUCAAGGAUCAAGUGGAGUUUAUCAAAAAGUUUGCUCUCCAGGGAACAGAUCGCCUAGGAGAGCGGUUUCGCCGACGCGUCGAGCCCAAUGUUGCCGCUACCUUGCUGUCAUUUUCUCUUGGUCGAUACGAGGGAGAAAACACACAGUCUGCCGACAAGGCGGCCGAACAACUCUUCAACCGUAUCAAGUAUGUUCGCCUUGAUGAUCACGGUCCUAAGCUGGGUCCGAUUAAUGAGGCCAACCCUAUUAUUGAGACAUACUUUUCCCGACUGCCAGUCAAUGAGACAACAAAGAACCUUACCCCUGGAGAGAGAGCAUUGGCUAACAAUGGCUGGGUAUGGGGAGGCAACGCAUUGGUGGAUAAUGCCGGGCCCGACUCUCGUGUAUACCUGAAGCGAGAAGUUAUUGUCUGGGGAGACUGUGUCAAGUUGCGAUACGGAUCUGGCCCGGAGGACAGCCCGUGGCUGUGGGAGCAUAUGACAAAGUAUGCCCAGAUGCUGGCCAAGUAUUUUGCAGGAUUCCGCAUCGACAACUGCCACUCCACCCCAAUCCAUGUCGCAGAGCACAUCUUGGACGAGGCCAGAAGGGUUAACCCUAACCUCUAUGUUGUUGCCGAGCUCUUCACCGGGUCUGAAGAAAUGGAUUAUGUCUUUGUGAAGCGGCUCGGCAUCAGCUCACUUAUCCGCGAAGCCAUGCAAGCAUGGAGCACAGGAGAGCUGAGCAGACUUGUUCACAGGCACGGCGGCCGUCCCAUCGGUAGCUUUGAGGUUGACGACAUCUCCAAGUCAGAUGUUAGUACACCAUCGAGCUCAAAGGCCCCGGAUCUUACAAGGGAGAUUAUUCGGAGGAUACGACCAUCGCCUGUCCACGCCUUGUUCAUGGACUGCACCCAUGACAACGAGCCACCUGCCCAGAAGCGUGACGCGCGAGACACACUGCCCAAUGCCGCUCUUGUCAACAUGUGCUCCAGUGCCACGGGAAGUGUCAUGGGGUACGAUGAAAUAUACCCUAGAUUGGUUGAUCUCGUCAAUGAGAAGCGUUUGUACACAUCUGAAGCCUCAAGGACCUCGCAGAUCAAGGUCGGAAGGGGCAAGGGCGGCAUUGCUAGUAUUAAAAAGCUCUUGAACCAGAUUCAUACCAUCAUGGGCAAAGAUGGCUACAACGAGACUCACAUCCAUCAUGAGGGAGAAUACAUCACCGUGCACAGAGUGCAUCCCGAGUCUAGAAAGGGUUACUUCCUCAUUGCUCACACUGCGUUCCCUGGAUAUGGCAAUGGAAGAGGAGAAUUCAAACCCGUGGUUCUGACGGGAACCCGAGCCAACCACCUGGGCAGCUGGAUGCUCGAGGUCGAUGACAGAGACGAAACUGUCAAGGCCGUGCAAGACGAUACCAAGUUUCUUCGAGGUAUCCCCAGCCAGGUAGUAGAUGUACCUGGAAUCAAGAUGGAAUUCCAUGGCCAAGACACAAUCAUCUCCGUUCGGGACAAGUUCCCGCCCGGCAGCAUUGCUCUUUUCGAUACCUGGAUCCCUACUGCAGAGCACUCUACGGGCUUGGACAACUACGUCACCUCAAGCGCCAAGGCAGCUUGGGCCAACCUGAACCUCAUUGACCUCAACUUUUUGCUCUACCGGUGUGAGGCAGAAGAGAGAGACGCCAGCGAUGGCCAGGACGGGGUAUAUGAUAUUCCCGGCCAUGGAAAGCUCGUCUAUGCUGGAUUGCAAGGAUGGUGGAGUAUCCUCGAAGGGGUGAUCAACGACAACAACCUUGGACAUCCAAUUUGUCAAAACCUGCGAGACGGCCCCUGGGCACUCGACUACAUUGUGGGCCGUAUUCAGAAGCAAAGCCAUGCGCCAGGCAGUGAAGGUCUUGCUGGGCCAGCAGCGUGGCUUCGAGAGCGGUUUGAGGCCAUCAGGGCCAUUCCUAGCUUCCUGCUGCCAAGGUACUUUGCUCUUGCCAUUCGCACCGCGUACAGAGCAAGCGUUGAUCGUGCUUAUGAACUUAUGAAUGAACACGUUGCCAAGGGCCAGUGGUUCCUCGGAAGUCUUGCCAUGGUCAGCGUGCAGCAAACUGGGCUAGUGAAGUCGGCCUCUCUUUGGCCAGACAAGCAGGUACCGUCUAUUGCUGCUGGCCUGCCGCAUUUCGCAGUGCAGUGGGCUAGAUGCUGGGGCCGAGACGUCUUCAUCUCUAUCCGUGGACUCUAUCUUGGCACCAGUCGUUUUGCAGAGGCAAAGGAGCACAUUCUUGCAUUUGCCAGCGUUCUCAAACACGGUAUGAUUCCCAAUCUCUUGAGCAGCGGCGCUGCACCGCGGUACAACUCGCGAGAUUCGGUGUGGUUUUUCCUCCAGACGAUCCAGGAUUAUACCCGAUUUGCACCAGAAGGGCUUGAUUUCCUCAAGACAAAAGUCCGGCGUCGUUUCCUGCCAUAUGAUGAUACUUGGUUCCCGGUGGAUGAUAAGCGGACAUAUUCUACUGAGAGCACAAUCGAAGAAAUCAUCCAAGAGGCUCUCCAGAGACAUGCUUCGGGAAUGAAGUAUCGUGAGGCGAAUGCAGGACCCCAGAUCGACUCGCAGAUGAAAGAUGAAGGCUUCAACCAGGACAUCAAGGUCGACUGGAGUAAUGGAAUCAUCUUUGGCGGUAACCAGUUCAACUGUGGUACAUGGAUGGACAAGAUGGGAGAGAGUGAAAAGGCCGGAUCAAAGGGCGUCCCCGGAACUCCGCGUGACGGUGCCGCCAUCGAGAUUACAGGCCUGCUCUACAGCACGCUCAGAUGGGUAGAACAACUCCACAAGCAAGGAAAGUUUGCACAGUCCGGCGUCAAGACUGCAGAGGACAAGGCCGUCUCAUGGACGGAGUGGGCUGAUCUCCUCAAGGCCAACUUUGAGAAAUGCUACUACGUACCGCUCUCAGCUGAGGAAGAUGCAAAAUACGACGUUAACCCCAGCGUUAUCGCUCGCCGGGGCAUGUACAAGGAUCUGUACAAGUCUGGAAAGGAGUACGAAGACUACCAGCUGCGACCAAACUUUGCGAUCGCCAUGACGGUAGCGACAGAUCUGUUCGAUCCCAAGCAUGCCUGGCAGGCUCUAUGUCUUGCAGAUUCGACGAUCCGCGGGCCCACUGGCAUGGCGACUCUGGACCCUGCAGACAAGGAUUACCGCCCGUACUACCGCAACAGCGAGGACAGCCACGACUUUGCGACAAGCAAAGGUCGAAACUACCACCAGGGUCCCGAGUGGCUGUGGCCAACGGGCUUCUUCCUCCGCGCGCUGCUGAAGUUUGAUCUUCAGCGGAGAACGACGGCUGAGGGCAGGAUUGAAGCAUUCCAGCAGGUGACUAGGAGGCUGGCUGAGUGCAAGCGGGCCAUUAAAGAGAGUCCGUGGGCGGGCCUGACGGAGCUUACCCAGAAGAAUGGAGAGUUUUGCGGCGAUUCUAGCCCGACACAGGCAUGGUCUGCUGGCUGUCUUAUUGAUCUGUACAUGGACGCCAUGGAGGAGCAGGAAAGCUUGAAGAAAUGA